AUGUCCUCCUGCGACGACGACCACGCCGCGCUCCUCAGAUCCCACGCCGGGGCCUCGUCGUCGCCGGCCUGCCCCUCGCCGCGCGGGCCGGCGGGGCACCAGCACCACGCCGACGUCGAGGCGGACGAGGCCACCGUCACCGCCUCCCCGAGGCUCGCCAGCGGCGGCGGCGGCGGGGGCGUGCGCGGCCUCCUGCGCAACCUCGAACGCCGCAUGACCGCACGCGGAUCUGGGCCUGGCCGUCGCCAGCACCAGCAUUAUCAGCAGCUCGAUCGCUCCGUGGCGAUCGAGUCGCCGUCCCCGACGCCGUCGCAGCGGCAGCGGGAGAGAGCGGCGGCGGGGGAUGACGACGAGCUCGGGGACGGGGCGCCGCCCGAGUGGGCGCUGCUGCUCAUCGGCUGCCUCCUCGGGCUCGCCACCGGCAUCUGCGUCGCCGCGUUUAACCGCGGGGUUCAUGUCAUCCAUGAAUGGGCAUGGGCAGGUACUCCCAACGAAGGGGCAGCAUGGCUCCGCCUGCAGAAGCUAGGUGAUACUUGGCACAGGAUACUGCUGAUCCCGGUUACUGGAGGUGUGGUUGUAGGAAUGAUGCAUGGGUUGCUUGAGAUAUUUGAGCAGCUAAAACUUGUGAAAUCAGGGCAGAGGCAAGGAAUCAGCUUCGUUGGAGCCAUCUUCCCAACCAUAAAGGCUGUCCAAGCUGCUGUUACCCUAGGGACUGGUUGUUCCCUGGGGCCUGAAGGUCCUAGUGUGGAUAUUGGCAAAUCGUGCGCAAAUGCAUGCUCAGAAAUGAUGGAGAGUAACCGGGAAAGGCGUAUUGCACUUGUUGCUGCUGGUGCUGCUGCUGGCAUUGCUUCAGGCUUCAAUGCAGCAGUUGCUGGGUGCUUCUUUGCCAUUGAAACUGUAUUGAGGCCCCUUAAAGCAGAAAAUUCACCUCCAUUUACGACUGCAAUGAUAAUAUUGGCAUCUGUUAUAUCAUCUACUGUUUCAAAUGUUUUACUUGGAGCAAGACCAGCUUUUAUAGUGCCAGCAUAUGAGCUAAAAUCUGCUGCUGAGCUACCCCUGUACCUUAUCUUGGGAAUGCUCUGUGGAGCAGUGAGUGUGGUAUUUGAUGGAUUGGUAGGAUGGUUUUCAAGAUUCUUUGGGCGCAUAAAGGAAAAGUUUGAUUUUCCUAUUAUAGUGUACCCUGCUUUGGGUGGGCUGGGAGCUGGUAUCAUAGCUCUGAAAUAUCCAGGGAUCUUAUACUGGGGUUUCACAAAUGUUGAAGAAAUAUUGCAUACUGGGAAAAGUGCUUCUGCUCCUGGUAUCUGGUUGUUAACUCAACUGGCAGCUGCAAAGGUAGUUGCAACUGCCCUCUGCAAGGGCUCUGGCCUUGUGGGAGGGCUAUAUGCUCCAAGCCUGAUGAUUGGGGCUGCUGUGGGAGCUGUUUUUGGGGGUUCAGCUGCUUAUUUAAUAAAUUCAGCUUUACCUGGUAAUGCUGCUGUUGCACAGCCACAAGCUUAUGCUCUGGUCGGAAUGGCUGCUACACUAGCCUCAGUCUGUUCAGUCCCAUUGACUUCAGUACUGCUUCUCUUUGAGCUGACAAAAGAUUACAGGAUUUUGCUUCCUCUCAUGGGAGCAGUUGGGUUGGCAAUAUGGGUUCCUUCAGUAGUAAACCAGCCAAACGACACUGAGCCUUCUGGGUUUAGAACACCCAGGCGAGGUUAUUCUUCAAUUUCACCAGAAGACAGAAAUGGUAUCUCAAGGCAAGGUGGUGUUGUGGAUGAUCUUGAGCUCAGUAUUAUACAAACUGACAUAAGUAACUAUGGAACUUAUAAUGAAGAAAUGCUUCUGGAUGAUUUGAAGGUCUCCCAGGCCAUGUCAAAGAUAUAUGUCAAAGUGUUACCAUCUGCUACAGUAACAGAAGCUCUUAAGCUAUUGCAUGAUAAACAGCAAAAUUGUGCCCUGGUUGUGGACCCUGCAGAUUUUCUUGAAGGAAUUAUUACAGUAGGGGAUAUACGGCGCAUGGGAUAUGGGUUACACAUGGAAAGUUUCAUCGAUGGAGAUCACCCCAAGGCUGAUGACAACUCUUCCUCCAUUUCAUCAUGUCUUACUCGAGGAUUCCAGUACCGUGGGAGUGAACGUGGAUUGUUAACAUGCUUUCCAGAUACUGAUUUGACCACUGCAAAAAGUCUUAUGGAGGCCAGAGGGAUAAAGCAACUGCCUGUAGUUAAGCGUGGUGUUGCCCAUAGAACUGCAGGAAAGCGCAAGCCGAUUGCCCUUCUACAUUAUGAUUCUAUUGGUUGCUGCAUGCGAUUCCACUGUGAUCUUAUUGGACAGUGCAGGGGCAAGCCUGACAAAUUCUGCAGAGACUUCCCAUUACUGCCAGUUUCAUGUGGCAUCCCUGCUCCACGUUCUCAGGCCCGCACAAUUGACCACCAAGGAGCUGUGGAUCAAUGGCACCCUCAGGUUCUCAGGCCCGCACAAUUGACCACCAAGGAGCUGUGGAUCAAUGGCACCCUCAGGUUCUCAGGCCUGCACAAUUGA